AUGGGACGUCGUGGUAAAGGGCCAAAAACUAAUAAUCAAAAACUUGCUCCGGAAAAGGAGCGUUUUAUUCAAUGUUGUGGUGAUGUGACGUUGGAGCUGACAAAUUCAUUAACUUCCUCAAAAGAAAUCAAUCUAAAUGGAUUAAUUACCAAGUUUUCUAAAAAAUACAAGCUGAAGCAACAACCAAGAUUAACUGACAUUAUUAAUUCUAUUCCUGAUCAAUACAAGAAGUAUUUACUGCCAAAAUUAAAAGCAAAACCUGUUAGAACGGCAUCUGGUAUUGCUGUUGUUGCUGUCAUGUGUAAGCCACAUCGUUGUCCACAUAUUGCAUAUACGGGGAACAUUUGUGUAUAUUGCCCUGGUGGUCCAGAUUCAGAUUUCGAAUAUUCAACACAAUCAUAUACAGGGUACGAACCUACUUCGAUGAGAGCCAUUAGAGCUCGAUAUGACCCGUACGAACAAGCACGUGGGAGAGUAGAACAAUUAAAACAACUGGGUCAUUCUAUAGAUAAAGUGGAGUAUGUCGUUAUGGGUGGUACCUUCAUGUCAUUACCUAUAGAUUAUCGUGAAGAUUUUAUUACUAAGCUACAUAAUGCUCUUUCUGGGUUCAACGGUAACGACCUAGACGAAGCCAUCAAAUAUUCACAACAAAGUUUAACAAAGUGUGUCGGGAUCACUAUUGAAACCAGACCCGACUACUGUACCGAAACCCAUCUUGAUGAUAUGUUAAGAUAUGGAUGUACUAGAUUAGAAAUUGGUGUUCAAUCGUUAUAUGAAGAUGUGGCGAGAGAUACAAAUAGAGGCCAUACAGUCAAAUCUGUUUGUGAAACAUUUGCCAUAGCUAAAGAUGCAGGUUAUAAAGUUGUCUCGCAUAUGAUGCCUGAUCUACCAAAUGUUGGAAUGGAAAGAGAUAUUGAACAAUUUAAGGAAUAUUUUGAAAAUCCAGGUUUCAGAACUGACGGUUUGAAGAUUUAUCCAACUUUGGUCAUUAGAGGAACCGGUUUAUACGAAUUAUGGAAAACUGGUAGAUACAAGUCGUAUAAUGCUAAUGCAUUAGUCGAUUUAGUGGCCAGAAUUAUGGCUCUUGUCCCUCCCUGGACCAGAAUUUAUCGUGUUCAAAGAGAUAUCCCAAUGCCUCUAGUUACAUCCGGUGUUGAUAAUGGUAAUCUAAGAGAAUUAGCUUUGGCAAGAAUGAAGGAUCUUGGUACUAAAUGUAGAGAUAUUCGUACAAGAGAGGUCGGUAUUCAAGAAGUUCAUCAUAAAGUGUCGCCAGACCAAGUUGAAUUGAUUAGAAGAGAUUAUUAUGCAAACGGUGGCUGGGAAACUUUCUUAUCAUAUGAAGAUCCAAAGAAAGAUAUCUUGGUUGGUUUAUUAAGACUAAGAAAGGCUUCUAAGAAGUAUACAUACAGAAAGGAAUUCACAUCACAGAGAACGUCCAUUGUUAGAGAAUUACACGUUUACGGAUCUGUUGUUCCACUACAUUCCAGAGAUCCGCGUAAGUUCCAACAUCAAGGCUUUGGUACUUUAUUGAUGGAAGAAGCUGAAAGAAUCGCCAGAGAGGAACAUGGCUCUGAGAAGAUUUCUGUUAUCUCAGGUGUUGGUGUCAGAAAUUAUUAUGCAAGAUUAGGUUAUGAGUUAGACGGUCCAUAUAUGUCCAAGCAUAUUUAA